GCGGAAAGAGGAGGGGGCCGGGGGGAGGGGGGGUGUCACGAAUCCGUAGAAGAGCGUUUGCUUUAUGAGUGACAAGCAGAGGACGGGUGAGAAAGCGGGGCGGGAAGGAGGGGGGGGUCCUCCACCCGAGCCCGAGCCUGAUCGGGAUAUCUUUGUCGUUUUGUUGGCGCUCAGAACCGCUACGAAGAUGACCUCAAUGAUGCUCAAUGCUGCAGAGAAGGGCCAGGAGAUGGUCGAGGGAGCGUCGAGGUAUGUCUCGAUUACUGUAGAGAGCAUUAUGCCUGAUCCCUUCAGCAGAUGGUUGACUCGAUUUCGGCAGAUGACUUAUUUUCAAUGGUUCCUGCUUGCUGUGAUGGGCCUAUUUUUGGCGGUAAUUACUCCCCCCGCUUUGAUCUUGUUAGGUUUGUUUUCCGCGGUGGCUCUGCCCGUGGCUGCCGUCACUUCCCCCUUUUGGGGCCCCGUGGCCGUGGUGUUUUUGGCGCUCACUUUCCCUCUCUGGAGUCCUGCUUUGGCGGGAUUGGCCAUUUUUCAGUGGGCGGGAAGAAUGGCGGGCAAGGUGAAGGAGGGGGUGACCAAGCUGGAGGGACACCUUCCUAAGCCCGCUAGAGGGGUGAUCGGCUGGUUCAGAGGCAUGAGUCGGGCGAAGCAGGUGUUGGCGCUCUUCGCCCUGGCCGCUGCCACCGUCCUCGGCAUCGGCGCGCUUCUGGUUGUCGGGACCCCCGUCGUCGUUAUUGGCGGGGGGCUGAUGCUCUUUUUCUCGCCUGUCAUUCUGUUGACGUCACCGCUGUGGAUUCCGGUUGUGCUCUUCUUCCUCGCCGUUGCCGCAGUGGUGUUGGGCGGCGCCGGCUUCCUCGUCGCCAUGGCGGUGAGCGCCUACUGGCUUUAUCGGUAUUACCGAGGGCCGAUGCCGCUUGGGGGAGAGUCGGUCUUCAAAUUGCAACGUAAGAUGGGGGGGAUGCUGGACCGCACUAGGCAGACGAUCGCGGGGAAGGCCGUUUAACUUUGCCAGACUGUUCAGCAGAAGACAGGGUAGGUAAUGUGGGCUUGGGCACGAUCGUGUGGUGCCAUUAGCUAAUGGCUUCGGCUGGUGCAAAUUUGUCUUCAUUGUGUGGUGGCUAUGGCUACUUCGAUUGUGCAUGUGUGUGACCGGGUACACCGGAUCACGGGGAAAAACGAGUAGGGGUGAAGUGCUCAUCUUGGGGCUUAACUUUGACCCCGGUCCACUUUACCGUUUGGUUGAGUGUUUGCCUCCGGAUAGGGAGGUCACGUGUUCGAUCCUUGCACAGUGCGGACUUAUAAAUAAUGUAUUUACAAAUACAAAUAUUUACAAAUGCAAAAAUUUACAAAUGUGGGCUGGCAUGCAUGAAAUAGGGGUUGUGUUUUGGGACCGGAGAAUUACUGCGGCGCCGCACAGUGAUAUUCUGACCAGGAGGGUCGAAGGGAGUUCGUUGUAUGUACUAAAGGGGUGUGGCUUAGGGGUCAAUUCGAGAGGAGUAAUUUCAAAGAUGGAGAGUUUGACAGGGGUUGACGAAGUUUAAAGGGGGUUUUGCCGCAGUGCGGCUGUUGGCAUCCACUGCAUUCGAUCCUGCUGAAUUGUGUCGUCGUACACUUAACUCACCGACGCGGAUGACAAAUCGACCGACGCAGAUGACAAAUGGACAGUGCCCAUAGAGGGUCGUUUUUUUAAGGUGGGGAAAAAAACGGCUCUACAGCCUCUACAGUCUAGACUGGCUAGGGAUUUGUGGUGGAGCGUGAAAUUGCCGUGAAUGUAUAUUUAAUGCCCGCAUGGUAGCUUCCUCUUACGUUUGACGCUCAAAGUAAAUCUGCGUCAAAGUC